AUGGCACAACAAGGAGCUACUUUACAAGGAUACAACAACGAAUUGGUCAAAUGCAUCGAAGAUCUUUGCUCAAAACGUGAUGAAUUGCAUCGCCAGAUUUUAGCUGAAGAAGAAGAAAAAGCUAAAGUACAAAAUGAUAUCAGAAUUUUAACCGAAAAACUGGCUAAAAUUAAUGAAAGUUUGGCAAAGAAAAUGGCGAAUAGAAAUGAAUUUGAUAAGACUAUAGCUGAAACUGAAGGGGCUUACAUGAAAAUCCUAGAGAGUUCUCAAGCCUUGCUAGGUAUCUUGAAGCGAGAUACUUAUAAAUUAAAGGAUGGCCCAAAAUCCACAUCAGAAGGUCAAACAAGGGCAUAG